UCUAAGAAAACAGCAAUGAAACAUAGAAUUUAGUUGAAGUUGAACACCUACUAAAUAUCGUACUUACUAUAAAAAGAGUUAGUCGUCAUACCGAUAAACUGAGGCUGCCUUUGAGACCAACUCAUCACUAAUGUUAUUGUUGAUCACAUGACCAAGGAAUGGCCGACCACACAGAUACAAACGUCACUGAAACGAGUAUGCGUUCAUCAAUAUAUGUUAUUGCCGUCAUCCAAAUCUUCAUACUUGCCAUCAUGAGCUUGGUUGGAAUUUUCGGAAAUAUGUUAACAAUCAUUGCGAUUCUUUGUACAAAUAAAUUACAGAUUACAGCAAACUAUUUCUUAGUGAAUCUGGCCAUUUCCGACAUUAUUGUUUGUUUAAUUGCCGAGCCGUUCUACAUGCUGGCAUUGUAUCACCGCAAAUGGCCGUUGUCCAAAGAAUUCUGCGCUGCUGUAGGUGCUAUAUCAGCCAUUUCUAUGGGAGCUUCGGUCUUAAAUCUCCUGGCAAUAUCAGUAAACCGUUACAUUUGUAUAGUAAAGAACAUGUACUAUGCCAAACUAUAUAGCAAUCGACGUACAGUGUUGUACUGUGUAGCCAUCUGGAUUGCAUCUUUAAUCUCAGUAUCACCAACGAUUGCUGGUGUAGGUGAAUUUGGAUUCAACAAGUAUUUUUUAGUUUGUGGAUAUGCAAUGACAGAAGAAACCUGGAAAUGUCAAGUUGGUAAAAUGGUUGUAAUGUUCAUUGUCGCUAUUUCAACUAUUUUCUUCUGCUACUUCAACAUCCUAAAAGAAGUGUGCAAGAGUUCAUGUCGUAGUAAUAGACGUAAAGGCAGCGACACCAGCCAGAGGAAGUUAAGCGGUAACGAGGUAAAUACAAAAAUGUUCCCAAAACUGCCGAAACAAGUUCACAUGCUUAAACAGGCAUGGGUAGAACAUCGGGACAGAGACUUCCAAGUAGCUAAAACCUCUGCCAUUGUGAUCCUUGUAUUUGUGCUAUGCUGGACACCGUCUGUAUUACAUACCAUUAUUGAUAGAGAUUUCUCUGCUCCCACUGGGCUUUUGCAGGUAUUUGCUUUUCUGGCGAUGGGGAAUUCUAGCAUCAACCCUUUUAUCUAUGCCUGGCGAAAUCAUAAUUUCAGGAAAGCAUACAAGCGCAUAAUUACCUGCCAAUGCCGGCAGGAAGACUUAGGUACUAGAGAGAAUUCUCAAUUUUCCCAUGAUUCAGUGAUGCGCACUGAAACCCGAAGGGAAUCAGAUCAGAUACAUAACACCAGGAUAUGAUCUUCUAGAGGAUGAAAUAUCUGUCAAUGGAUGAACACACACUUGGAUGAGUAGCCAUCUGAAUGACAAAACUGGAAUAAGUGAAAAAGCCACCUGGAUAGUGCAAGACCUACUGGCGUAUAUGAGGAAUAAAUAUUUUAUUUUGGAAUAAAUACCACAAAUGGGCAAAAUGAUCAGAAGCGUUUCGAGAGUAUGUUUUAACUGCUUAAUUAACUUGUAACAUCCUCUAAACGCAUUGGUGUUAUCCGCCGUGUUAAAUAUUUUUUACCACAUAAUACUCUUAAGAUAUUGGCUAACGCUUUAGUUAUGCCUCUUUUUAAUUACUGUAAUUGUGUUUGGUCCAACUGUAAUAUUAAACUUGUUUAAAAAAAUGCAGGACAGUAGUCGCAGAACACAUUCCACG